AAACAACCCAUUACCCAAACCUCUUCUGUCAAGAUCCUGUUUCUACUUUCUCCCCUUUCUCAAUUCCUAAACCCUCCAAUGGCAACCCUCAAAGAGAUUCUCACACGCCGCCCAGUCGCCGCCACCAUCCGCCUCACCGUCCCCGCCGGCGGCGCCCGACCCGCCCCACCCGUAGGCCCCGCACUAGGUCAAUACCGUCUCAACCUCAUGGCAUUCUGCAAAGACUUCAAUGCUAGAACCCAGAAAUACAAAGCCGAAACCCCAAUGGCCGUCACAAUCACUGCUUUCAAAGACAACACUUUCGAGUUCACCGUGAAGUCUCCCUCGGUCACUUGGUAUCUUAAAAAGGCUGCGGGGAUCGAGUCUGGUAGUAGUAGGCCUGGACACGUGGAAGCUUCCACUAUUAGCCUUAAACAUGUUUAUGAGAUUGCUAAGGUUAAACAGUCUGAUCCAUUCUGUGCGUAUAUGUCGUUGGAGUCGAUUUCCAAGUCGAUUAUUGGGACUGCUAAUUCUAUGGGGAUUCAGGUUAAGAAAGACUUGGAUUGAUUUGAUUGGUAGGUUGAAUUGUUUGUAUUGUGUACUUUGAUUAUUCGGGACUCGUGGUUUAUUGAACGUGUUUGUUUGAAAUGGAUUUAAGUUAAGCUAUGUUUUGUUCUGUUGUAGUAAUUGAAAUUUGAAAGAUGUAGUUAAACCUGGCACAUAUAAAAAGAGCACUUAGCUAUGUACAAGUUUUUAUCUUUA